GUAGUCUUCAGCCAUCAGAAAAAUCUUACUGACAAAUUCAAUUCAGUUCGUUCAUUUUUUGUUUGUUAGCUAGCUCCAAUACAAACACAUGCAUAUAUUAAAUUAAUAUAUACACAGUUCAUGUUUUCAUAGUUUCACAAAAAAAAAAAACCCAUCUCUGUUCUCUAAGGGAAACCUCUGUGUUAAGCUCCAAAUACAGUUUUAAAGCAAAACAGCAAAAUCUGGAGAUCAAAAAACCAAAAAAAAAUCUGGAGAUCAAUAAAUCAGCUAAUCCACAACUCUCGCCUUACAUGGAUGUCUUGUCUUAAAGGUUUUGUGAAGAUGGGUGGUGAAAAUUUUGGAUUUUUGAUAUGGGUUUCAUCAAUUACUUUCUUACUCUGCCUCUGCCACGGAUACGUACCGGUGGAUAAUUACCUCAUCAACUGUGGAUCACCCAACAAUGUCACUGUAACUGGUCGCGUGUUCAUCUCCGACAACCUUGCCUCAAACCUCCUAGCCACUCCCAGUGGAAUCCUCGCCGCGAGCAACCACAACUCUGUUUCAGAUAUCUACCAGACGGCGAGAAUCUUCACCGGGACCUCCAAGUACAGCUUCUCCGUCGCUAGAGGCCGUCACUGGCUUCGUCUCCACUUCAGCCCUUUUCAUCACCAAACCUUCCAGAUGGAGUCAGCCAAGUUCUCUGUUUCGUCUCAAACACACGUCUUCUUGAGCGACUUCACCGUGAAGCCAAGAGUUGUUACGAAGGAGUAUUAUCUGAACGUAGCCACGGAUCAUCUCGAGCUCACGUUUACUCCCUCCGGUAACUCGUUCGCGUUCGUCAACGCACUCGAGGUCGUCUCGGUUCCCGAUACAUUAAUCAGCGGCGAUCCUCCCUUCGCGGGCAGUCACGGGACCUUUCAGGGGUUGUCAUCGCAAGCUCUCGAGACGGUCCACAGAGUCAACAUGGGCGGUCCACGUGUCACGCCUGAUAGCGAUACUCUUUCACGGACUUGGGAAACAGAUUCCGAGUUUCUAGUAGAGAAGAACCUAGUCAAGAACGUGUCCAAGAUUCCGAGCGUUGAUUACGUUACCGGUUACGCGACGGAGGAGACCGCUCCUAAAAGCGUAUACGGUACUUGCAACGAGAUGAACUCCGGGGCUAACCCGUCUAGCCGUUUCAACGUGACGUGGGAGUUUGAAGUUGAAACCGGGUUUCAGUACUUUCUCCGGUUCCAUUUCUGCGACGUCGUGAGCAAGUCGCUGAACCAGCUGUUCUUCGAUCUUUACGUUGACUCGAUGAUGGUUGUGAGGGAUCUUGAUCUCAGCACUUAUGUAAACAAGUUGGCAGCUGCGUACACGAUGGAUUACGUGACGGUGUCGCCGAAACAGAGUGAGAUAAUCCGUGUGAGUAUUGGUCCGUCGAGGUUACAAGGUGUUUACCCUAACGCGAUUCUGAACGGGUUAGAGAUCAUGAAGAUGAAUAACUCCAAAGGUCAGCUUAGUAAAGGGACUUUUUUAACUAGUGGUUCAACGAAGAAGAACAAUGUUGGUGUGAUCAUUGGUGCAACGGUUGGUUCUCUGCUUGCUUUAGUGCUUCUUGGAGGUUUCUUUUUGAUAUUCAAGAAACGAAGACGGGUUAAUCACUCAAAGACUUGGACUCCUUUGUCUACCAAAGGAGCAGCUUCAGGAUCAAGCGGAACUACUGUUGCGAGUAUAACUUCUAACUCAAGCUACCGUAUCCCUCUUGCAGCGGUUAAAGAGGCAACAAACAGCUUCGACGAGAACCGUUCUAUUGGAGUCGGCGGGUUUGGUAGAGUGUACAAAGGAGUGCUUCAAGAUGGGACGCAAGUAGCUGUUAAAAGAGGAAACCCUAAGUCUCAGCAAGGGUUUGCGGAGUUCAAGACGGAGAUAGAAAUGUUGUCUCAGUUCCGACACCGUCAUUUGGUUUCUCUGAUCGGUUACUGCGACGAGAGCAAGGAGAUGAUUCUUGUUUACGAGUACAUGAAGAACGGGACGUUGAAGAGUCAUCUCUACGGCUCUGGUUUACCUAGCUUGACUUGGAAGCAACGUCUUGAGAUAUGUAUUGGAUCGGCUAGAGGGUUGCAUUAUCUCCACACCGGUGACUCGAAAUCUGUGAUCCAUAGAGAUGUUAAAUCCGCAAAUAUUUUGUUAGAUGAGAAUCUCAUGGCGAAAGUUGCGGACUUCGGACUGUCUAAGACCGGACCAGAGAUAGACCAGACACAUGUGAGUACCGCGGUUAAAGGAAGUUUCGGUUAUCUCGACCCUGAGUACUUUAGAAGACAGCAGCUCACUGAGAAGUCAGAUGUUUACUCGUUCGGAGUCGUUAUGUUCGAGGUUCUAUGUGCGAGACCGGUUAUAGACCCGACACUACCUAGAGAGAUGGUGAACUUGGCUGAGUGGGCGAUGAAGUGGCAGAAGAAAGGACAGCUUGAGCAUGUUAUUGAUCAGUCUUUGCGUGGUAAGAUCGUACCUGAUUCUCUCAGGAAGUUUGGUGAGACAGGGGAGAAGUGUUUAGCUGAUUAUGGAGUCGAUAGGCCGUCGAUGGGAGAUGUGUUGUGGAAUCUUGAGUAUGCUUUGCAGCUUCAAGAAGCUGGCGUUGAUUGUGAUCAAGAAGAUGAUAACAGUACCAACAUGAUCGGUGAGUUACCGCUACGGUUUAAUGAUUAUAAUAGCCGUGGAGACACGAGUGUUAAUGUUGGUGUAGUAGCUAGAGAGGGGCGGUUUGGAGAAGGAGAAGAGGAGUCGUGUGUUGAUGAUCUUUCAGGUGUUUCCAUGAGUAAAGUCUUCUCACAGCUCGUGAAAUCUGAAGGAAGAUAAAGAAUCUUUUGUUUCUGCUCAAGACUUUUACUUAUGUACAUGAUUAACGAUUAGACUCUGAUUUAAUUAACAGGUUCAUUUCGGUUUAA